GGAUUACCUUUUCCAUUAAUAAAAACCCAAGGCAAUCUACAAAAGUCUGGUCAGCUUCAACAGGAGGGCAUGGGCAUCACGUGAACGAUAGGCUGAAAGUCUAGUUUCAAAUUCGGUGAUGUUGUCAGUUAUAAUGGCGUUUGGAAGAGAUAUUAGAUAAAUAACCAACCUACACGAAGUCUCCAGUUUCCCCUCCUCGUUUGCCCCACCCACAAGUAGCAGUUUUAGAACAGUGCCAUACGCAGCCUUUAGCCCACACAUAUACACGCGAGAUGAAAACUUGUGAAUACGUAUAUAUACUAACGUUUGGAAAUUCCCACUGGCCUCGUUCAAACAAUAUAGUGUCAGGUGCCUUACGGAAAAGUCAGACGUCACGCUGGAGCUGCCGGGGUAUAUAUUCUCGGAUACGUCUCCCAAACUUCGAGGAUAGUUGAAACAAGUGUCAGCGGUAGCAGUAGCCAUGGCUCCAAUCGUCCCCAAAAACAAAUUUUUGUUCUUCUUCUUGAUCUUCGUCCAGUGGAUUUACUGUCCUGUGGCAGCCAUUCCAUUUCGGAAAAAUGAAGUGUACGGAGAAAACACCAUCAACCGUAAUUGGCGUCCAACUUUGACUCGUGAACGUGAAUCGUUACCGGACUAUCAGCCGCUUUGCCAGUCUAUUAAUCAAAGAGUGGAUCUUCACGAACCAGACUACGAGUUUCGACCCCCAUUUUAUCAUUCGAUUGAGUGCAAGCACACGGCCAACAAGUUACAUCAUCGCGGACAUCAAGACGGUUCACAGAUUUGUCUACAGUCGGGAUUGUCUUGCGUUCAACGCACCAAAACCAUUCAGUUAGCAAAAAGAAAAAUUGGAACAUCAUGUUGGACGCUAUUCACAAAAGAAAUUCAUUCGGGCUGCGAGUGCAUGUGGCCCGUUCAAACGAAUGGCGACUCGAAACACCGUUUCACAUGAGUUCCGAAUCUUAAAUGUAUUUAAAAAUGAAUUUUUACCUGCAAUUCGCUGUAGGGGACUUGGUCAGGAAGAUGUAAAGUGUCCAACGUUUUCGAAGUCCCUCCCACGCGCGUUCUUCCCAUUUUGUGUUUUCAUACUUGUCUAUGUCGUUUUGCUUCGAUCUCCGAACGUUACACAGAACUCAAUUCAUAACUGUGCAAAUAUUCGCGAUCUCAAGUGCUCUUUUAAGUUAAAUAAAUCAAUUUGACGACGGA